AUGCACGAGUCCGAGAUCGAUAACUACGAUAUGGACUUCGCGAUGUUCCCACGCCACCAGGAAGCGUGGAACUAUUCCACCCCGAAACUCGGACCAGAGGACCUCGAUCGACUCCUCCUCGCGGACUGGGAUGUGCAGCGCGAACAACCGUAUCUCUUUUCGAGAACGGAGUGCUGGGCCGCAAUUCGGAAUCUACCGUUCCUACGACCGAGCGUGUUCUGGGUGUUUGGUGGACGGAGUUUUUUCUCGCCCGGUGAGGCGCAGGAUACGAAGAUAAGGGAGUCGGGGGUCGGGGUCGGAGGGAACGGUGGAGUAGAUAAGGGUAUGGUUGAGAAGGCUGUGUUGUCGGAGGGGGGGCAUAAUGUGGUGUGUGUUUGA